AUGUCUAAAUGGCAAUCAGAGCGCAGCAUUCAUGAGAUGUUAAAAGACACACCACCAAUUCGAGAAUCCAGUGAUUCUAUCACAUCAGGAACAGAAGCCAAGUUCCCUACUUCGCGGUCCAUGCCCUUCCCACCGGCAUAUGCUCCUCCAGACGUGUCUCAGAACGGCGGCGCCGGCACCGGCACUCUGCUGCGGGCGGGCUCCACGAAGCUGGACGCCAUCCGCAACUGGGGAGUGUCCACAUACAAGUGCACCAAACAGAUACUGUACGAGAAGCUCGGAAAGAGCUCGCGCACCGUCGAUACAGAGCUCGAGGCCCAGAUCGAGAUGCUGCGCGAGACGCAGCGCAAGUACAACGGCGUGCUGCGCCUCGCCGCCGCGCUCACGGCCCAGCUCGGCGCCGCCGCGCACACGCAGCGCGCGCUCGGCGAGGCCUUCGCGGAGCUCGCGCAGAAGUCGCCCGAGCUGCAGAACCAGUUCCUGUACAACGCCGACACGCAGCGCACCUUGACGCGCAACGGGGAGACGCUGCUGGCCGCGUUGCAUUUCUUCAACAACUCCCUCAACACGCUCACCAACAAAACUAUCGAAGACACUCUGCUCACCAUCCGUCAGUACGAGGCCGCGAGGGUGGAGUACGACGCGUACCGCAGCGAGCUGGAGGGCAGCGGCGGCAACCCGCCCGAGCUGCUGCUCGCCAACAUCGAGCGGCACCGCCGCCACUACGAGCGGCUGCGGGACGACUCCGCCGUCAAGCUCAAGUUGCUCCACGAGAACAGGGUACGUGCGCACCGUAGUCGGAGCGGUGUCACCGAUCUGACUACCCUAUAUUAUGUUAAAGUUAUGAUUUAG